AAAUAUGCACACAUUUCCGCUAUAAAAUUAUCAUGAAGCAUUUUUAUUAUUUUAUUACUAUCUAAAACAACUAAAUUUUAGAAGUAUGGCAAGUAGUAGCAGCAGCGACUCUUCAGAACGGGAUAGCUCUCCAGAGAAUCGUCCCUCAAAGCGUAAACAAAAAUCAGAAAAGAAGAAAACCAGAAGAAAACCUGCACGCGCUGCGAAACAACGUCAUGAUUCAAGUAGCAGCAGUAGUAGUAGCAGCAGCAGCAGCAGCUCUGGUAAAGAAUCACAGAAAAAGAAACGAAGUAAAGUGAAGCAGAAAUCGUCCAGUUCUGAGAGUAGUGGCUCUAAUUCAGAUUCAAGUAGCGGUUCUGCUGAUAAAGCUGCCCCCAGCAGAGAACACCGUUCCAGUUCCAGUGGAUCUGGGAGAAGGUCCACUCAGAAACAUAAAAGUAGAGAUCCCCCAGUUAAGAUGAGCAGCAAAUUUUCACCAAAACAUAGAGAAUCUUCUUCAGAAUCAGAAACAGACACACACGCCAAAAAAGAUAAAAAGAUGUCCCUCAAAGAGCGAAAACCAGUACAAAAUCCUACAUCCUCUAAGACGAAGAAUGCUGCAGAUUCUCCAACCAGUACACAGUCAGACCCUCCCCGCCAAAAUACCCGUCACGACUCAGAUUCAGACGACAAUGAGCGAGUCCUAGAAAACAUACGCAGUCCUCCCUCCCCACCUGACGAAGAUCCUGGUAGUCCCAAUGAGGCCUCGCUGAAAGAGGAAGUGAAACUAGUAGUGAAGGAAGAAUCUCAGUCUGAUGCUGAUGUGAAGCAGGAGGAGCUUUCUGGGGAUGAGGUUAAGGAGGAGGAACAGGAGGAACGCCCCAAAACCGGUGUUUUUGAUUACGUCGAAAGUGAUGAUGAAGAUGCUGUGAAGAUCCUUCCGACAGAUGAGGAUUUGGGUUGGUUUGCUAAGAAACGUGCUGCCGCUAAAGAUUCCACCGAGGGAGGCGAAGAAGAAAACUCAAAGCGAAGAAAGCGCCACGACACAGAUGAUUCGUCAGAUAAGGACAGUGAAGCCGCGAAGACUCCGGUUUAUUCACCACCACGCAGUAAAAGCAGAUCGGUAACACCCGAAAUGGAAACUUUAGCUGGGUAUGAGGAGAAUAGAGUGGAUCCUGGGGAAGAAGGGUCUCCAGAUCGAGUAGAAGAAGAUUUAGGAGAGUACAAAGAAUCUCGUAUCGGUACGAACGAACAAAAGUCAGGUGACUGGUUUCAGAAAGGAGAUGAAGAGAGUCCUGAUAGAGGACCAGUUCAUAAACGGCUCGGGAGAAGGGCUGGCAGUGAGGAUAGGAGUAUCGAGGGAGAUGGAAGUAAAGAUAAGAGCAGAGAUGGAAGUAAAGAUAAGAGCAGAGAUGGAAGUAAAGAUCAAAGUAGGGAUCCCAGUAAAGAUAAAAGUAGGGAACGCAGUAAAAACCGUGAUCGAAGACGAGAAAGAAGUCGGGAUAGAGAUCAUAAACGGGGCCGCAGAGAUCGUUCUAGGGACAGGUCACGUGACCGAGACAGGUCACGUGAGAGAAACAGAUCCAGGGACAGGAGGGAUAGACGGGGUGGGAGAGCUGACCGUGGAAGACGAGAUGAUGGGCGAGAAGGAGACAGAACUCGUGACCGGAUCAGAUUCAAAGGUGACCUAAGAGAAAAAAUGAACGAAAGUAAAGGCAAGGAUGAAGAGAAAGAUGGAGCCGAGAAGAAAAAAGAUGAAAUGCUCCCAAAAAAGCCAAAACCGGAGGAUAAUCCGCUAGCUCUCCGGUCGGGCGGGGCCUACAUGCCUCCCCACAAGCUUCGAGCAUUGCAAGCCAGUAUAACCGACAAAACAUCUGAACCCUAUCAGAGGCUGACAUGGGAGGCCCUCAAGAAGAGUUUGAAUGGUCUUGUCAACAAGGUGAACACAGAUAAUAUCAAAGAUAUUGUUGUUGAGCUGUUCGGUGAGAACCUAGUCCGAGGUAAGGGUCUCUUUAUCCGAAACAUCAUGACGGCCCAGUCCCAAGCUACACCCUUCACAAACGUCUACUCCGCUGCGAUCGCAGUUAUCAACACCAAGUUCCCGGACAUCGGGGCUCUCCUGCUUGACAGACUCAUCCUCCAGUUCAAACGGAGUUACCUCCGGAACCAGAAAGCGAUUUGUCUGAGCACGGUCAUGUUCAUAGGACAUCUGGUAAACCAGCAGGUGGUGAACGAAAUCAUCUGUCUGGAAAUCCUGACUUUACUCCUGGAGAAAGCUACAGCUGACAGUGUAGAGAUUUCUAUUGCUCUUAUCAAGGAGGUGGGAGCUAAGCUGGACGAGCUGUCUCCCCGUGCCAUGCACGGUAUAUUCGAUAGACUCAGGAGUCUUCUACAGGAAGGAGAUCUGGACAUCAGGGUCAAGUACAUGAUAGAAGUCAUGUUUGCAAUAAGAAAAGACAAGUUUAAGGAUCAUCCGACUUUCGCACCGGGGUUGGAGCUGGUGGAGGAGGAGGACCAAAUAACGCAUCUCAAGCAACUGGAUGAUAAAGUCAAGGGUCAGGAGAUACUGAACGUCUUCAAGUUCGACACUGAUUACGAGGGGAGCAUGGCCAAAUACCAACUUAUCAAAAACGAGAUACUAGGGUCUGAUGACAGUGGUGACGAAGAAGGCGAAGACGACGAUGAAAGUGAGGAGGAACAGGAGGAGGAAGGAACGGAAAUAAUCGACAAAACCGGAACCAACAUGCAAGCGUUAAGGAGGACUAUUUAUCUUACAAUUCAGAGCUCGUUAGGAUACGAGGAAUGCAUACACAAGUUGGCAAAACUACAGCUAAAGCCUGGACAAGAGACCAUCCUCGUGAAGCUGAUAAUAGAAUGUUGCUCACAAGAGAGAAGCUACAAGAAGUUCUAUGGAUUGCUUGGAGAGCGUUACUGUCGGCUGAAGCGAGAGUACAUCCCCCUCUACGCGGAGGAAUUCCAAGAACAGUUCGAGACGAUCCACCGUCUGGAGACGAACAAGCUGCGGAAUGUGGCGUGUUGCUACGCGCACAUGCUCUACACUGACGCGCUCCCCUGGACCGUGUUCUCGAUUGUGCGGCUCACUGAGGCGGAUACUACUUCUUCCAGUCGAGUAUUUAUAAAGAUUCUGCUACAAGAAAUAGCGAGUCAGAUGGGAGAGAAGAAGUUGAGGGUGAGAAUGAAGGAUCCCACCCUUCAGGUCUGUUUUGAAGGGCUCUUCCCGCGCGAUGAUCCCAGAAAUACCAGGUUUGCUAUCAAUUACUUCACGGCUAUCGGUUUGGGCUAUCUGACCGAGGAGCUGAGAGAAUGGCUAAAAACAGCACCCCCUCCCGCCCCCCUUCUUACUGGACUUGAUGAUGGUAGCUCCAGUUCCAGUUCAGAGUCAAGUUCAGAUUCCAGUAGUUCGUCUUCAGAUUCAGAUUCGGAUUCAGAAAGCGACGCUGAAACUAAAAAGGCGGAGCCAACUGGCAUUAUUAAUACAGCGCCAACUGGAUCUAAAAAGGCAGAGCCAGCUGGCAAAGAAACCAGCAAAGAACCAUUAGUGUGGGCGUCCAAUGAUUUUCACCCUUCCAGACGAGCUCCAGGUGAACCAGCUCCCGACAGAAGAAGAGGUGGGGAUGGUAGGGACAAUAGGAACUAUCAGAGUCGUUUGGAAGAUAAGUCACGUGGUCGUGAUGAUCGUGACCAACGUAGACCUCCCCCUCGAGAAUCAAAUCGAGAGGAUCAAACUAGAUCUAGAGAAAAUAACAGUCCAGAAAGGAAUUCUUCAAAAAAGCGCGAUUUUCGGAGAGACGAUCGAGCUAAGGAGGAGGAGCGACAUCAAACAAGUGACGUUGACUCUCCAAGUGAAAGAAGGGGCAAAAAGUCACGCAGGGAUAUUGUAGAGGUUGAAGAAGAGAGGGAAAUACCGCGGAGUAGGAAAGGAAACCAAGAAUCUUAUCGAAACAAAGAUGCAUCGCCUGAGAAAUCAAGAAGAAGAGAAAGGCGUAGCGUAAGCAGAGAUGAUUCACCAGAAGAACCAAAAAGAAAAGGGCGUAGUGAAAGCAGAGAUGAAUCCCGGGAGAAACCAAGGAGAAAAAGGCAUAGCGUAAGCAGAGAUGAAUCGCCAGAAAAACCGAGGAGAAAAAGGCAUAGUGUAAGCAGAGAUGAAUCGCCAGAAAAACCGAGGAGAAAAGGGCGUAGUGAUAGCAGAGAUGGAUCUCGGGAGAAACCAAGGAGGAAAAGGCGUAGCGUAAGCAGAGAUGAAUCGCCAGAAAAACCGAGGAGAAAAGGGCGUAGUGAUAGCAUAGAUGAAUCCCGGGAGAAACCAAGGAGAAAAAGGCAUAGCGUAAGCAGAGAUGAAUCGCCAGAAAAACCGAGGAGAAAAAGGCAUAGCGUAAGCAGAGAUGAAUCACCAGAAAAAUCGAGGAGAAAAGGGCGUAGUGAUAGCAGAGAUGAAUCGCCAGAAAAACCGAGGAGAAAAGGGCGUAGUGAUAGCAGAGAUGAAUCUCGGGAGAAACCAAUGAGAAAAGGGCGUAGUGAAAGCAAAGAUGAAUCGCCAGAGAAAUCAAGGAGGAAAGAAGGUCGUAGUAAGGGUAAAAUGAGGGGUUAAUCUGUUAGUGACUUGGGAACUGACUAGUGAACCAUUUUGUUGACUGAAAUUUAUAAAUUGCCUUGUUAUAUCUUUUAUUUUGGCAAAUUUUUAAGCUUUUAUUUAACGAGCAUUUUUAAAACUAUUAUAAAGGUUUCUCUUUUAACUAUAUAACUGUUGCUGUAGUAUGUCUCUUAACCAUCUUCCCAUUUCGAGACGCAAUUGGAACUGAACUUGGAAUUGUUGGACAAACUAUUUUACUAAAAUUCAA